AUGGAGGAAGGGAUGGAGACCCAGGACAGUAUCGAUAUUGCCCAUCUGCAACGCGUCGCGUUGGGACUUGAGCACGAACAAUUUCAGCCAAAUAUUUCCGGACAAGCGAAAAUUGGCAGCCCCUCGCAAACACAGUCGAUCCAUUUAAAUAAAAUCACAAAUCGCUCCUAUAGUGACCGCUCCCCGACGGCUUCCCGACAAUUAUCUUCAACUCCAUCGAACCCUACCAGCUCCUCCCAGAAGCGAAAUCCUCCUCCUUCGUCCCACCGACACUAUGAAACAGACCUCAUGAAGCCCCCCAGUCAGCCGAAUAAGUCCACGCCGGUCUCUGAGCCAGCACCCGCAGCUAUGGACCCCGCGGACGUCACCCCGAGCGACACCCAAGUUGUCUCGCAAUCGAUCUACGAUAGCAUCAUUCAACGAAAUGGGGAGUCUAUGUAUGGAGGAGUGUCCGACAACGGUGCUGAUGGCGCCACUCUUAUGACGUUGCACGAGGGCGACAGUGGUCAUAUCGAUCUUCUCGCUGAAUUCGAUACUGCACGCCACGAAGCCGACCUUUCCCCAAUUCCAGAUGAAGAAAGCAACUAUGACCUGUCCGAAUCUUCUCCGAUGGCUUACCAGCCCGAGUUCUUUCCAGAGUCCCAGCGCUUCUUAGCCAUGACCCCUGGGACUACGAUUAAAAAACCCCACACACCAGGCACGUCGAUGGAGACGCCUACCCUAUCGAGGAAUCCUCUUGCCGGAGAUAUAGAAUCGAGCGGGGGGCUCAUGGGCUUAAGUCAGCUCUUUAAGGCAACCCAGGCGCCAUCAUCUCCCCUGGUUCACGGCCAACAACCAGAACUUGUGUCUGACCGUCCGUCGCCGAAUAUACCCAUUCAGCGUCCCCGGAUCGCCAACAAUGUUUCCUCGCCGCUGGUUCAUUUUGCGAGAGAGUCAUCUGAGCCGAAUUUAAACUACAUAUCUAUGAAAGAAUCGCAAUCAAGGCGGGAUAAAUCUCUAGGAGAGCGAUUGACACGGUCUGCGGAUGAUAUGCAUUCGGACGAUCCGCUUGACCAGGAGUUCAACAAGGAAUCCAGCUUCGUCGAAAAUGCACGGCGGAAGAGGCUAUUCGAUGAAGAGACCGCUGCCCAAUUUGCAGCUUUGAAUGCCCCUGCCGGGUCUGAAGAUCGUGCUACUCCCCCGGAGUAUCUAGAUAUGCAUGUCGAUGAAACCGGCGCUGCUGGAAGUGAAGAAGAAACGGAACAGGAGGAUGACAUGGGCCCUCAAGUUCCUCAGUCACAAGAGCUUCCUCACUCUUCGGAAGAGGAUAAGGAAAAUUAUCCCAGUAUGGUAAAUGAAACUGAUAGUGCACACGAUCGUCUCUCACAAGUCCUUGGAAUCGAAAAUGAGCCAUUAUCUCGGGCCGAUGCAAGGCAAGAGCAUGAUGUUGGAAGUACGCAGCUUGGCUCAAUCGAAAUCCAUGAUAGGGAUCUGUCUUCUGGUCGAUCUUCCCAGAUCAUGGUAAAAGACUCUCAACAAUCACCGCAACCAACGCCGAGGCCUAACAACCAUGAGGUCCAAGCCGAGCAGCGGUCAGUUACGCUGCAGCUCGAUCCAAACACCAAUAACAUUAAUAACGCCAAUAUUUCACCUAUCCGACGACGUCUUCAGUCUACGCCCCCUCCUCCACGACCGGAAGAUCGGCGCCAUGCGGAUGCCAACUCUCAACCGCAGGACCGACAGGUCGAGAUGGUCCAAAAUACGUCCUCAAACGAGAAUGCACGCCUCUACUCUAGCAAUCCCCAUGCAUUGCCAAGAACCGGGCCGUUCUCUAACAGUUCACAAGGUGGUCCCGGGAACAAAUCUUCGUCAAUGCCCUCGCGUGUUACUGAAACACCUGUGCACCUUCGCCCAGACCUUGGCGAUAUGGCUAGAUUGACAAGUAUCCCAGAAACAAGUCCUAGCCGCACCCAAUCUAAUGAAUGGGAAGCAGAGUCAAAUGGCGAUGGAGUAAAUAAUGAAGAUGAUGACCUCCCCCCUAUGCUCCCUGCAGGAAGUGUUCAUCGAGUCGGUCAGGUGCGGCACUCGCAAUCCCGAGCCCUCUCUUCGCCAAUCAAGACCCUCAUUUCUCAAGCACAAUCCCAAAUUCUGUCCAGUCCUAGUGGAAGACAACGCCGUGCUUUGACCGAGAUUGCCUCAGACUGUUCUCCGCAGGUUGAUUUCAAGAUCGGGGAUAUUGGCCUGGAUUUCUUUACUGCCGACGAUGAUCAGUACAACUCCUUGGUUAUUGAUGGAUCUCCGACUCGCCCUAGAAAGAGAAGAAGAGGCAACCUCGGUCAAAGCUUUGGCCAGAGCUUCAACACAUCCGACACUGCAGUUCCUGCAACACCUCGUGCACAGCCCCCUAAGACUACCGCGCCCAUUCACGAGAGUCCCGCUCAACAGAUCUCUUCCGCAGCAGUCCAUGAACCUGCGCCUGCCCGCAGGCAGUCCAGACCUGCUGCUCGGGAUGAAAAUGUUUGGGAAAUAGGAGACUCUCCUCAACAACCGAUCAUGCGACGAAGAUCAAGGCACAGUAGAGUGGCUGCUUCUCAAGGUGUGGCAAAGCGGCCUGCACAAGCACAAAAGCCAGAGGUUCAAGAGCCUAUCCAACCCGUUAUCGCUCAAAAGCCUGCAUCAGUCGCAUCUUCUGAACUGACUGAGCUUACCGAUGUUGAUGUCGACUCCGACCGGCCUCUAUCAGACAGCCACACCGCCAACAGCCCUCCUACCACUCCCCGGCCUGCCCGGACAUCUUUUGACAAUACUAUUAUUGCUCCUCAUCAAGUGAUUGCUGUCUGGAUGGGCCAGAAACGAGCAUACUACCCCGCAACCUGCUUUGGAACACCUCUUGGUGUCCCACAAACAAAGUACACCGUGAAAUUUGAAGACAGUCUCCCCGUCGAAGUGUUAAAAGGCUUAGUCAAGAGAUUUGAACUCCGCAUCGGCGAUGCUGUCAAAGUCGAUAUGCAUGGUGUUCCAAAGGUCACACACGUUGUUCGCGGCUUAGAGGGUAAACUCACUAAGGAGGAGCUCUUUCAGGAUGCUGAUAAUGGGUUUUGCCCCCAAACCGAUAUCUACGGCCAUACCACGGUUAUCCUUGGACCCAAACAACGCAAAAGUCUUCCCAAUGGUGGCCUCAAUAACAGUGAGAAUGUGAUCAAGGUACCUAUCGGUCGAAUCUACCUUGAUAUGACUCUGUGGAACCAGUUUAAGGAUCGAGACUUUACCUAUCAUCAACCAGAGCCCGCACCCCAAGCAACUGUCUCUCAUUCACCCGAGAAAUCAUCCCUACCAGCAUCCCCCAACACUCGCUUCUCUCGUUCUAUCCAAUCUGCCAGCGGAAUCUUUGCGAAUAUGGCCUUUGCAGUGUCUUUUACGGAAGAUGACGGAUCUAAAGAUCGUGUUUCACAACUUAUAACGGAUAACGGUGGCUCAAUAUUGCUUGAUGGUUUUACAGAGUUGUUUGAAACCUCGUCAAUCAUUCCCUUUGAGACUCCAACGAAAAGUGACAAGACUCAGUCUGGCAGCCUAGGCUUGCGCCUUACAUCUCUGGCUGAAAAUGUGGGCUUUGCAUGCCUCAUCGCCGACACACAUUCUCGUCGUGAAAAGUACAUGCAAGCUCUGGCACUGGGUCUACCUUGCCUUUCGGGCCGCUGGGUUGAAGAUUGUGUUGCUAAGGGCCGCGUUCUCGACUGGGAUGUUUACCUCUUGCCAGCCGGUGACUCCACUUAUCUAAAUGGUGCCACAAAAUCCCGAAUGAUGGUACCGACACCACCUUGCGACACCCGGUUAUCCGAUACGAUUGCGGCAAGACCUAAAUUACUCGGCGGGAAGUCUGUGCUUAUUGUGACUGGCCGAGGCAAAGCGGAGAAAAAGCGCCGAGCUUAUAUCUUCCUCACCUUUGCGCUUGGUGCUUCCCGCGUGGAGCGCGUACCCGAUCUCGAAACCGCCCGCGCAUUGAUGCAAUCCCAGUCCGAGGCCUCGCUGCCUUGUAGCUGGGACUUGGUUUACGUUGAUGACGCAGAUCAAUCUUCUGCGAAGUCCAUGUUGACUCCGAGACCGAAGACACAGAGAAUCUCUCUGGUCCACGGGAAGAAGCGCAAGCAUUCGGCUGUAUUCACCUUGACGAAUCCCGUUGAUGAUCCAUCGCCCACUGCCCGAGUUGUUGGAAAUGAGUUUGUUUGUCAGAGCUUAAUCUUGGGCAGGUUAUUUGAGGAGUAA